CUGGUCCUGGUCAAACCUACCAAUGAGACGAGUCGGCUCUAUUCUGCUGGGACUGAUCGCAAUGAACGGGUGUCCGAGCUAUACAAGGCAAAGGAACAUCCACAGUAAGACGCGGCUAUUAAGGGGAUGAGGCAUCGAUACGCGGGAGCUGUCUAUCAGCACCAAAUCCCCGACGAAGAGCGAGGCAGCGUGCAGAGCCAAGACCCAAACCCAGUCGCUCCAGUUUUCAGUCUGCCGCCCCCUCCUCCGUCUUUCAGAGAGCGUUCGACUACCACCUCGCACUACCUGAAUCACCACCAACUGCCUUGUCUGAGCAAGCCCUCUCGGAUAGGUAUCCAUGCCUGUCAGCCGCAACACGGCGACCCCCCGCCUCUGACAAGCUACGACAUCGCCCAGCGACCUUCACGCUGGGUCUGUGAACCCGCCGGGCAGCCAGCGCACCUACAGCAGAACCUUUGGGCCGCAGCCGGCUCCCAGCCGCAGUCGGAGCAGCCUGUUUUUCAGAGCUGCCACUGCAAUUUUUCCGAGGAGGCGAGCCUUUCUCACCAGCGCCUGCCCCUCGCUCACCCGCCGCAGCCCUCCCCAUCUUUGCCGCCGUCGUCCUCUCUGCUGUUUUUGCAGGAAUCUAAUCACGGGGAUAAUUUGCAAAGCAGUGACAAUUAUCAACAGGCGAGCAACGUGGAACGCUGCCGGGGUGGAGGAGGAGGAGGAGGGCACCGAGACCAGAAGCAGGUGUUGCAGCAACAGCAGCACAGUAGACUCCAACACAGGGACCCCUCCCCUGAAGCAACCCGAGCAAACUCGCAGAAGGGGCGCACUAUAAAUGUAUGCGAGUCAAUCGAGGCUAAUCGGCGAGCAUUCGAGUCCCAGACUCAGGACCCGCAGCAGCUACAGCAACUCCCACAAUUGCGAGCUCAACAACAGCUACUGGUGGGGAGCAGCUUCCCUGUCUACUACUGCGCCAACGGUUCAGGAGAGCUUUCUCGGAAUAACCAGGCACCACUGCUGCAACAGCAUCAGCAAGACGCACUGGGGCGUCCGCAGCACUGUGACCAAGACCGCAAUAAGCCAGGGAGGACGAACCAAGCCAACCAGCCACAGCACCCCAGCCAGCCGCAGCACCAUUGCCGCGACUCUCGUGUAAACCCACCAACGCAGCCGUACGGAGGGAACUCGUCUGCGACUGGCAGUAGCAGCAAGAGCAGCCCUAACUACGGCUCCAGCUAUCACCUGUGGCCCGAGAGCCCGCAUAAGGGAGAAGAGAGGAUACUCAUCGAUCAUCAUCAGGCAACCACUGAGCAAAAGAAGCUGAGCCAUGCUGGAUCCAACCCCUCCCUCUCCGAGAGCAGCGGCCGACUCCCUCAGAUAGCCAUGAACACCUGUAAGCACAAUGGCGGCGUAGUGAGACCACUGGGCAGCCUGGCGUCGUCGCGGCGCAACCUAGCAGAGCUCGACUCGGAAACACAGCCCCUCCAGACGCUGCACAGCUCUGGCCUGGAGGUGGUGGUUUCCAAGGGCAACGGUGAGGACCCCGGCAAGGCGUCCAACGAGAGAGCCUGGUCAGGGACGGGAAGUGCUCCUGUGAAGAAGAACAAAGACAUCGGCUAUAGGCUCGGCCACCGGAGGGCGCUCUUUGAGAAGCGAAAGAGACUCAGUGACUACGCACUCAUCUUCGGGAUGUUUGGGAUUGUCGUCAUGGUGACGGAGACGGAACUGUCCUGGGGAGUUUACGGCAAGGAAUCUUCGUACUCAUUUGCACUGAAAUGCCUUAUCAGCCUUUCCACUGUUAUAUUGCUUGGUCUUAUAAUAAUGUACCAUGCCCGGGAAAUCCAGCUGUUCAUGGUGGACAAUGGGGCGGACGACUGGAGGAUAGCCAUGACGUACGAGCGCAUCUUCUUCAUCGUGCUGGAGCUGCUGGUGUGCGCCAUCCACCCCAUCCCAGGCCAUUACCGCUUCACGUGGACGGCGCGGAUUGCCUUCACCUACACGCCGUCGACGGCCAACGCCGACGUGGACAUCAUCCUCUCCAUUCCCAUGUUCCUGCGCCUCUACCUGAUCGGCCGUGUCAUGCUGCUGCACAGCAAGCUCUUCACGGACGCCUCGUCGCGCAGCAUCGGCGCCCUCAACAAGAUCAACUUCAAUACGCGCUUCGUCAUGAAGACCCUCAUGACCAUCUGCCCCGGCACCGUGCUGCUUGUCUUCAGCAUCUCCUCCUGGAUCAUUGCCGCCUGGACGGUGCGCGUCUGCGAGAGGUAUCAUGACACACAGGAAGUGACCAGUAACUUCCUGGGAGCCAUGUGGCUCAUCUCUAUUACCUUCCUCUCCAUUGGCUACGGAGACAUGGUACCUAACACGUACUGUGGGAAAGGCGUAUGUCUGCUUACAGGGAUCAUGGGAGCGGGCUGCACUGCGCUGGUGGUCGCCGUGGUAGCCAGGAAGUUGGAGUUGACCAAGGCUGAGAAGCAUGUCCACAACUUCAUGAUGGACACACAACUCUGCAAACGAGUAAAGAACACAGCUGCCAAUGUACUCAGGGAAACAUGGCUCAUCUACAAACACACUAAGCUGGUCAAGAAGAUAGAUCACGCUAAGGUGCGCAAACACCAGCGGAAGUUUCUACAGGCCAUCCAUCAACUACGCAGUGUAAAGAUGGAGCAGAGGAAACUCAACGAUCAGGCCAACACGCUAGUGGACCUGGCGAAGACCCAGAACGUGAUGUACGACCUGGUGUCGGAGCUGCAGGAGCGCAGCGAGGAGCUGGACAAGCGCAUCGGCAUGCUGGAGGACAAGCUGGACUCGGUGACGGGCAGCCUACAGGCGCUGCCCUGCCUCAUCUCCCAAGCCAUAACCCAGCAGCAGCAGGAAUUUCUGGACGGUUUCCUGCACCGCUUCCGGCCUGCCUCGCUGGGCUCAGAGCGCUCCGAACGCUCAGAGCGCUCCUGGAACUCCACCGCCCGCCGGCGCCGCUCGCCCUCCACGGCGCCGCACACCUCCUCUGACAGCGGCUAGCCCUUGAACCUGCCCUAAACCGCACCACCCCCGACAACAACUUCUCCUUUGGAGCCCCAUAACGUUCCCCUACCCCCCUAAACCCCCUCUGCCUUCACAUCCAAAAACCAACACCGCUGUGACUGAACUCCCAGGGCAGGACUGAACUGGAAACUGCUCCAAUGCGAAUGAGUGAAAACUUCAACACAUCCUCUAAACAACAACCUAAAUGACUUAAACCGAGACAAGUAGAGAUAUGGUUUAUUUUUUAGCCAUUGUAUGGCUGUUCAAGUUAGCUUUUUUUGUAAAAGCCCUUGUAUAGUUAAACUGACUGAGUUCAGGUUUGCUGGGGUGAGAGCUGGCUAUCACACCUGGGUGGGAUGGGGGGGGGGCUGCCUGGAGGACAGAGGACAGCUUCGUCUGCAUGGAGGAAACUUAAAAACGGUGGACAUUUGUCUUCGUUUUCCCCGUAAGUCAAGGUGGCGGUUUAAGAGGGCCUCUGAAAGCUCUGACGUCAGUUCAGUAUUGAAUCGCACUUAAAGGGAGAGGAGGGGGGGUCAUACAAAAAGAGAGCAAGGGGAAUGCACAUGACAUUACUACUGAGUAGGAAAAUUUACACGAAUGCCAACUUCAAAGUUUCCGUUUCCUUGUUCUUACCAAGGGAAAGUUGAGUGUGACUAUCUUUUUUAGUUACAUAUUGACGUGAUUUUUCAGUGCCUGAAUGUACAAAUAGUAGAUUGUUAUUUAAUUACUAAUUUCAGAGCAAGUUUUUUUAUGAUGUUAACACUGAAUACAAGCAUUGCAUUCCUUUUUCAGAUACAUUCCUCUUCAAAAACUCAAAGAAAUUGUCUUAAUGUAAUGCAUAACAUUGCCUCCAUUACACAAUAUCUCUAAA